ACAGCAAAUUGUAAGCAAAUGCACCAAAAACCCCACCAACGACUUUACAAAAACAUCAACUCAUCUCCUCCGAUGGGCAAAAUUAGUCAGAGGAGAGAGAAAAUGGCAGUUUUCCACCUUAAAAUCUUGGUAAUUUUCCUGUUAAUGGCGGUCGUUGUUUUUGGGCAAGAAAAUUCAAAUUUAAACAAAGUAAUACAAUUAAAUGGUGGACCUGAUUCAGUAGUUUGGGUUGUUCAACUUUCUGAUCUUCAUUUCAGUGUUCAUCACCCAGAUAGAGCUCUUGAUUUCCAGUUUUUGGUGCCUUCUUUUCUUUCCAUUAUUAAUCCUUCUCUUGUUCUUAUUACUGGUGAUCUCACAGAUGGGAAGAGCAAAGAUCACUUGACCAUGAAACAAAAUGAGCAAGAAUGGAUGGAAUACCGGAAUGUGAUGGAAGAUGUCGUCAAGAAGAGUGGACUUGAUAAGAGCAUCUUUUAUGAUCUUAGAGGCAAUCAUGAUAAUUUUGGUGUGCCAUCCGUUGGUGGUACCUUUGAUUUCUUUUCAAACUACAGUUUAAAUGCUCAAGCAGGAAGACAGGGGAAAGUAAACAGUAUCACACUUCAGACAGGAAUCAGAAAGCAUCUAUUUGUUGGGAUUGACAGCACCAUGGCUGUCGGCCUCAGAGGUCCAACCAAUCUUAUGGGGCAUCCAACUGAAGCACUAUUAGAUGAUCUGGAUUCUGAGCUAUCAAUAUGGGAUGAUGAGCCAAAGAACACAGUGAUAAAGAUCACAUUUGGGCAUUUUCCUCUUUCAUUUUCAGCAGCCUCAGAAUCUGGAAGGACCUUAAAAGAUGUUUUUCUCAAGCAUUCAUUAUCUGCUUAUCUUUGUGGACAUCUCCACACAACGUUUGGCAAAAAUUUGAAGCGGCUUCAUCGAGCUGGUAAUGAUCUCAUGCAGCUCAAUAUGCAACCGACAUCCUCCAAGGAUUUUAGAAAUGGAUCAUCCCAAAUCCAGGAAUUCUGGGAGUGGGAGAUGGGUGACUGGAGGAAGAGUAGAAUCAUGCGCAUAUUGGCUAUUGAUAGAGGUCAUGCUUCAUUCAUCGAUAUCAACUUGAAGUUGGGUACUGAGGAAACUAUCAUCUUACCCACUUUUCCUCUUGACUCACGCUUCAUUUUAACAUCACCUCAUCUUACUGAAUUUAAAGAUCAAUCAAAGGACCCUUCACACUACAUGACAAUAAGAGCUUUGGUUUUCUCAUCAUCUCCAAUCACCUCAGUAGUGGCUCGAGUCUAUGAUACUCAAUUUGGAAAUUCUGUUCAGGUUGUGGAGGAAUCGAUGACAAAGAUCAACGAUAGCUCCUCAAGAGGAACUCUUUAUGCUGCACCUUGGAAUUUCAAAGCAUUUGAGGACCCAUCGCCAGAAAGGUACUGGCUGCAGAUAGAAGCAAUUGACAUAAGAGGCAGAUCUACCUUAACCGAGUUGAGGCCAUUCUCGAUAAAUGGUCUUUCCAGUUCUCCGUCUUGGACAUGGUUGGAGUUCAAAGUCAUGGGUUGCCAAUGGGCUGCUUUGUAUUAUCCAAUACUUUGCUUUUCUCUUGGGUGUUUCCUCAUCGUUCUUCUUCUUCCUGUGGCUUUACGAGUUUUCUCCAAGAAACAGUACACAUUACAGAAUUUCUCUUCUGAUAAGAGUUUCAUGAAUGGUGUUGGGUGGAUCUUUACAGAGUUAUACAAGCUGCGCUCAGUGUGGUUUGGAUUUCUAGGUUACUUGCUCUAUCUUGUUCUCUUUCCUUGGUUUUCAGGACAGCUAUUUACUGAUGGUGGUGAAAGGGGGUAUAUGACUUAUAGGGGCUGGGUAUUGAAACAUCCUAAAAUGGGUCAAAAACUGGAGUACCUUGGGUUUCCAGAUGUACUGGUGAUAGUUAUUCCUCAUCUGGUAUUUGUGGUUUUCCCUUCUCUUCUGGUAGUGGUUGGAUUAGCUACGGAAAGUGAAAUGUAUAGACUACACCUUUUAGCUCUUUCAGGGAAGAAGGAGGAUGAUUGUCUUAAGGAGACUCCAAGGUCUAGACACAAUAACUAUCGAAUUACUAGAUCUUCCAAGUUCCUUCUUAAUAGACGGUGGAUCAGAAAAGUUCUUAUGGUAAUUUGUUUGGUGAUCUUCUACAAGCAUUUUAAGAGUUGCAAAAUGCUGGUGAAAGCUUAUGAAAUGAAUCCAUUGUUACAUUUCCCAGUUUAUACUUUUUCAAUACCACUGCUGCUGGCAUAUGCUGUCUACAGAACCAGCAGACGCUAGCUUUAUCAGCAAGCCGUGGAGAUUCUCCAUGGCUGAUGAAAAUUCAAAAGAAUAGACAAGAAGUUUCCGGGACCAGCCUCGAGGUGCUUGUGGAUCUCAUUGAAGACGCGCACCAUCAUCAGAACAAGUUAUCGGAAAGGUUACUCAGGAUUUCGCGUCAAAAACCAAGGAAAUGCCCAAGAAAGCAGCUGUUGUUGGUCAGCAAUUUGUAUUGUGGAAGCUAAAAACAUUACUGAAUUACCACGAUGGUGAUUCAUCAUUGUAAUCUUGUGUGGACGUCAACUAAUCUAAUCUGUGAAUUCAUUUUUAGAUAGUUCUUAUGAAUAGGGAUCGAAUCUCAUCUACAUUGUUGCCUUUUGUGGCUCCAUAUAGAAUUACAAACAAACACAAAGAUGACAUUGUAAUCACUUGUAAGUUUUUGCUGUGUAGGAAAAUCUUUAAUUUUUUUUU